GAGACCCAGAGAAAACACGCCAACACCAUGGCCAUGGGCACAUCCUCUUCGAUUCUCGGCGGCGCUCUCCUCCUUGUCCUCGUCCUCUCCCUGGCCAUUGAUGUUCACGGUGGAUCAAGCUCCAGCGCCGCGCCACGUUCCCCGCUGGAUGACCUCUGCAACAGCCUCGGCAGCCACUACGUCACGUCGGACAUGUGUGUGUCCGCGCUCUGCAUCGACAACUCCUGCCGCUCUGCACGCAGCUUGCCGGAGCUCGUGGUGCUCGCCACCAGGCUGACAGUGACCAAUGGCACGGUAGCCAAGGCCAGCAUCGAGUCUGCGCUCGCCCAUGCCAAGGACGCCAAGUUCAAGAAGGUCAUGCGGUCGUGCCUGCAGCUCUACGUCGGCGCCGUCCCGCGGCUGCAGUGGGCGGCACGGUCGGUCGCUGGGGGGCGCUAUAGCGGCGUUUCGGAGGUGCUAGAGGCGGCCUGUUGGCACGUCUCGGCAGAGUGCAUCAAUUUGGCCGGCGAGGUGGCGCUUCCCAAGGAGAACGGUGAGUUCUUCAGGAUGGCCUACAUCGUGCAGGCCGUCGUCGACUGGGUGAAGCUUAGUAUCGGUCACUGAAUUCAUUCAUGAACCCGCUCCCCCUCCGUAAUAAUUAUAUGGGCUGACUGAGUUUACAGUUUGGGUCAGUCACUUUUUUC